AUGAUAGCAACAUUAUAUCUCGAAUUCUGGAAACGACGGAAUGUGCGAUUGGCAUGGUGGUGGGACGUGCUACAUUUCGAAAAGGAUGAAAGAACACGUCCUCAAUGGUAUGGCACUACUGUCAAACGUAACCCAGUAACCCAUCGAAACGAAGCGCAUUUUCCAGCGUCACUGCGGCGAUUGAUACUUUGUGGAACUAUUACCGUCAUGCUUUCUGCAAUGCUGAUUGUUGUGGCCACGAUCGCUGGUUUCAUCGUAGUCAACGUCUACCUGCGAUGGUACUUUGACACGUACCUGCCAGACUAUGAUCAGUAUGCGGGUGCCUUGAGUGCAUUGGUUUCAUUGGUGGUGAUGACUGCUCUGAGACCAUGUCUUGUAAGACUUUCAAAAUUUUUGACGGAUUUGGAGAAUCAUAAGACGGAGACAAUGUAUCAAGACUCUUUAACGGCAAAGAACCUCUUGUUCGACUUUUUAAACACGUUCGGGUCACUGUUUUACAUUGCCCUCAUGAAAAUUUGGAUACAGGACGGAAAAUUGAACAUAAUGGGUCAUACGGAAUGGCACGAUCAAUGCUUGUACGAAAACUGCAUGCUGGAUCUAACAAUUCAAAUGGCGGUCGUAUUCAUGGGACAAGGGUUCUUGGAGCAAUUACGAAACUUUAUCCUCCCGUUCUGGACAGAGUCAUGGCGUAAAUCCCGUAAAGCACCUUUAAACGCCGAAUCAACCGAUAUGGAAAUGAAUACAGCCGUGUCCUCGCAGUAUGAAGAAGAUGCAAAGUUGUUGCCUUUUGGAAUGUCUGACGGGUUUACUGAUGGGUACAAUGGGACUGUUAUACAGUUUGGAUUUAUCGUUUUGUUCGCUGUGGCAUUCCCUCUUGCGCCAUUACUCAGUAUCAUUCAUAACGCAUUGCGAAUGCGAAUAGACGCAUAUAACCUUUUGACGAAAUUCCGACGACCCUACGCAUUUCAAGCUGAGGACAUUGGAAUGUGGCACAACUGGUUGGAAGCCGUGUCCUACCUUGCAGUACUCGUCAAUGCCUUGACCAUCGCCUUUGCAUCACCUUAUUUUGAGGCCAACUAUCUCAAUUUACUUGGAGAGAGCACCGAGCGUCAAUGGACCUUGCGAAUUGCUUUCAUCCUGAUAUUUGAACACGUUGUCUUUGGCAUCAAAGCACUUGUUGCAUGGUGGAUACCCGAUAUUCCUUAUGAUGUCAAACACGCGAUACAGCGAGAAGAGUACAUAAAUAAGGGAGAGUUGGAUGAAGCAGAUGCUGAUGCUGAUGAUGUGGAUCCAGAUACACUUCGUCAGAAUAUGUGUCGCAUUAUGUAA